UGGAUAUUGACUUCCGGUUUUGGAACAUCUGUGAGAUUUGUCAAAAUUAAAAAUGAUUCACAGCUUGUUUAUCAUUAAUAACACUGGGGAUGUUUUUAUGGAAAAACAUUGGAAAAGUGUUGUGCACAAGUCCAUAUGUGAUUACUUUUUUGAAACACAGAGCAAGUUUUCUUCCUUUGAAGAUGUACCACCUGUGAUAUCCACACCUCACCAUUAUCUCAUCAACAUUUAUAGAAAUAAUCUCUACUUUGUUGCUGUUGUUACCACUGAAGUUCCCCCACUGUUUGUGAUUGAGUUCCUGCACAGAAUUUGUGACACGUUUGAAGACUAUUUCACUGAGUGCACAGAAUCACAACUCAAAGAACAUUAUGUCAUUGUAUAUGAGCUUUUAGAUGAAAUGCUGGACAAUGGUUUCCCACUUGCAGUUGAAUCUAACGUGUUGAAAGAAUUGAUCAAGCCACCCACAUUCCUCAGAACCAUCACAGACACAGUCAUGGGAAAAUCAACCAGUGUGAGUGGUAUCCUUCCCACGGGACAGUUAUCCAAUGUUCCCUGGCGUCGAACUGGUGUCAAGUACACAAAUAACGAGGCUUAUUUUGAUGUCAUUGAGGAGAUUGAUGCCAUUAUUGACAAGUCAGGAUCAACAGUUAUAUGUGAAAUUCAAGGUUAUGUGGAUUGUUUGAUUAAACUGAGUGGAAUGCCUGAUUUGACUCUGUCUUUCAUUAACCCACGACUCCUCGACGAUUGCAGUUUUCAUCCAUGUGUUAGAUUCAAGAGAUGGGAGAAUGAACGCAUCCUGUCAUUUGUGCCCCCUGAUGGUCAUUUUAGGCUGAUGUCGUAUCAUAUAGGAACUCAGAAUAUGGUUGCCGUCCCAGUCUACCUUCGACACACUAUCUUAUUUAGAGAGGGCAGUUCUGGCAGAUUUGAUGUGACCAUAGGACCAAAACAAACAAUGGGAAAAGCUGUAGAAAAUGUUGUGCUAGAAGUUCCCUUUCCAAAAUCUGUGUUAAAUGUGACACUAACACCAUCACAAGGAAAAUACUCAUUCGACCCAGUCACCAAAUUGAUGUCCUGGGAUGUGGGAAAGAUUGAUCCAACAAAACUUCCAAACAUCAAAGGAAAUAUUAUACUACAGACCGGAGCACCUAUUCCAGAAUCUAAUCCCGUUUGUACGGUUAUGUUCUCAAUAAGUCAGCUGGCUGUCUCUGGAUUGAAAGUCAACAGACUUGAUAUGUACGGGGAGAAUAAUGACAAAAAAUACAAACCAUUCAAAGGAGUGAAAUACAUGACAAAAGCGGGCAAGUUCCAAGUGCGCACAUGAGCUGAAAAUGAGGAUACUAGAAAAACAACUAGUACACUUUGCUUCCAUUGAAAAAACAAAAAACCCAAUGCUACAGCAAAUAAAACUUACAUUGGUCUGCAAACAUUUACUAUACAUCAAUAAAAGUUGGUGGUAAUAACACUGCAGCCAACACUUCAGAGUUGAUCUCAACCUCUGCCAGUAUGUAGCAACAGAAUAAAGACUUCAUCCGUGCAAACUGUACAGGGUUUAAAUGCAUUGUUGUGUAGAGGUACACACUGCAAGGGUAUGUACUCAUAUGCGUAUGUUGCUGUGUAGCAAUAUUCACUGUGAAGGGUUUACAUGUUUUACUGUAUAGAAAUAACAUAGAGCAUUAGCAAUGAUAAUAAAGUUGCUAAUUGUCAAAUUAUUGAAAUGUUGUAAAAAAUUUUUUUACAAAACACAUAUAUUGAAAACAAAUUUACUGAAGUAAAUUGUAUGCAGAAAAACAUACCAUAAAUUAUUGUAAUUAUGUAUAAAUGAUCUGCUGUAAAUUCUUUAAAAAAAAAUUGUGUUAAAUGGUUUAGAAGUUAUUGUAUGGUAAUAUAUUAUGUAAAUAAUCAUCUCAAUCACCACAAUUAAUGUUUGAUGCAUAUAUGAGACUGACUUAAUCUGUGUAUUUGUAAUGGUUAAAACAAACAAGUUUCUUCAUUCACAUAUCGUUCGAAAGUCAGAAAGAACCAUUUUUUGUCUCACCUUUAUGAAGUAAUAAAGAGAAGUAAAACAGGGAUAUAAGUAAUACUUUUUCAGUGCCGGAGGUGGCAUCGAAGUUUGCAUUAAAGUUUAAUGUUAAAGUUUUACAUUUAGAUCAGUUUCUCGCAAACUCUUAAGGCCAAGGUCAAUGAAACUUUGUUUAGUUGCACCUUCGAAUAUUCAACAUAGUGCACUAAAAUGGUUUAUGGUAGUUAAGAUAUUUAAUUCCACAGAAGUCCUGUUUCUGAAAGAUAAAGGUUAUUAUUAACUUGAUGAAAAAUUGAUAUGAUAAAUGACAGAUAGCUGGUUUAGAAAACCACAACUGCUGUCUGGUGAUCCUAUUGGUGUAUUUGUCUUUACGUCUUGAUUGUUAUAUUUAUUUGUUGUACAUGUGUAUUUUAAAUAUGUUAAACAUCAACAUUAAAAGGUCGUAUAUCCA